AUGGGCACCCCCUUUGCAUGCAAGAAAACUGAGACUCUCUUCCCAACGAAACCCAUUCAGAAUGGCUGUCGAGGCAUUUUGGGGAAAGCUGUGCAGGGCUCUGUACUGCGCAGUACUUGGUACCCCUUCGUUUCUAAAGGGAUGCAAUGCCGCAAUGCGCCAAAGAACCUGUUGGAUGCUCCCAUCCAGGUUUUUGCCCGCAAGAUGCAAAGUCUUGAGUUUGUCCUGUGUGGAGCAUUAUAUCCUUUCCACGUUGAAUCUCCAAACUCAGCAUUGAGCUUGUGCCUUGACGGGCAUUGGGUUUCUCAUGUGACUGCAAAUCAUACCGAUUCCUUUUUCAGGGGCAAGGAUGAGGAGAAAGAAGCGGAGAAGGAGCGAAUGUGGCAGGCACAGCAAGAGAUCCUGAAGGAGAGGCGUGCCAGUAGGGCCAUGCAAGAGGCCAACCAGAAGAAGCAGAAGGUCGCUGCGAAGAAGCAGGCCCCCCGGAAGAAAGCACCGGCCAGACCGAAGCCCCCCCCAGAAUAUGUUCGAACAGAGACAUACGUGGAAGAGGGCGCGGACGACGGCGAGGAGCUGGACCCCAUGGAGUGGGUGAAGGGCAUCUUCGGAGGGAAGAAAAAAGCUGGCUAG